UCGCUAAAUAUUUAAUUAUAUUGGGACUAUACCUAUACUGGCAAUACUGAAGUCUUUUAAGUGGCAAGACCAAAAACAUUAAAUGGCAUUCACACUUCACACCGUUUUCUGGCUUCUGAAUUAUUCAAUUCCAGGAAAUUUGCACUUUUAGUGAGCAUAAUAAAAUUAAUACUAUCAGAAGAAAAGUUAAAUUAGCUAUGUGAUACAUUAGUUAGUACUAGCCACAAGAUAUUUUAUAUGGAACUCCAUAGGACAUAGGUACACCACUGAAACUGAAAAUCAUAUAAAAUGACAUCAGAGUCAAUAAAUAAUAUAUGCAUUAAAGAUAUCCUAUUUAGUAAAGCUAUACCAAAUUACAAAAUUCCAAUAGCUACAGAGGGGUACAGAGUAUUUCCAUGCACUGAUUGUGGAGAUAAAUUUUUAUUUAUAUCAAGUUAUCAGGACCAUAUAAACCGCAAAUCAUUACAAAUAAAGUAUAUGUGCAGAUAUUGUGGUGCUCUAAAACUGUACUACAAUAGAUGCCAGCUUCUAUCUCAUAUUCGAUCACAUGUUGUUAAAACUGCAACUAUUAACAUGGGUGAUAUAAUCAUAGAGCCUUUACUUGAAACAUCAAACAAGCCAGAUAAAAUGAACCCAACUGAUAGACUAAUUAUAGGAUCUGAGUCAAAUGAUACACUUUGUAUAGAAUGUCAAAGUAAUAUAUCUGAUACAAAAAUUGUUAGUAAGGAUAGAGUUAAACAUUACAUGCAACACUCCGAUAAGGUUUAUCCAUGUCCUGUAUGUUUAUUUACAUUGCCUUCAAGCUGUGGCCUUAUAGCACACCUGCGAAUUCAUUUAAAAAAGCCCCCAUAUUGUUGCCCUGAAUGUGGCUUGAAUUUACCUCAGAGGAUAACUGUAUAUCCCUAUAAUCAUGACUGUGAAGGAUUUAGGAUGAUGAGAGUCACCUCCCGAGUUAAAUGUUUUUUUGGUAGCUGCUUUCUUUUCCAUCCUAACAAUUACAAGAAGCAUUUGAAGGAUACUCAUCUAAAUAAAGUGUUCAAGUGUUAUUGUAUGCUAGCUGGAUAUAAUGAGGCAAAUGUAAGAAAACAUGUUGCUAAAUGUUCCUUAGGUAAUGGAACAAUAAUAACUUAUUAUGAAUGUCAACAAUGUCCAGGAGUUGUGUUGAAUACUAACCAGAUACAGAAGCAUUUAGAUAUUCAUAUAUCCACUGAAAAGAUAGUACAGAAAUUUCCAUGUUGGACAUGUGGUAAUAUUUUCAGUGAUGUAUUAAACCUAUUAAUACACCAAGCAGAGAAACAUUCUGCUUCAGAUGAAAUAAAAUCAUUAAUAAGGUCUUCAAGCACUUGGUUUACUAAGGAAUGUCAGACCUGUCAUAGGAAAAUAACUGUAGGGUUUGAAGAAAGUUCUGAUUUUCAACUCAAAUGCCCCCACUGCACUAUUUCAGAUGUGCAAACUGCAAAACCCCAUGAUCAAAAUGUAUCAGGUCACAUAAAAUGUUAUGUAUGCAACGCUAACGUUCAAGAAAGCUGGCUUGAAAUUAGAAAGCAUUUCAAGAAAUUCCACAAUAUGGAUUUCAAUAACCUAAAAGUAUGUGUACAGAAACUAAAUCACAAAAACCUCCUGAAAAGGUCCAGUUUUAAAACAUUGAAUUCAAGCAUAAGCAAGCCAUCAAUAAAUAAACUUACUAAACAAGUAGUCCAUAAUAGAAUUGACAAAACUGAUAAUCAAAACAUAUCAAAGAGUUUGGAAAAGACACACAAAUGUUAUUUUUGUGAGUAUCACACAAAAUUAAAACAAAACUUUGAAUCUCAUUUGAAAGCCCAUAGAGAACCAUGCAUGGCAUACCAGUGCAUGGAAUGUGGUAAGUGUUUUGCAGUAAAACCAUCAUUUUCUACACACUUAUUACUAGAACAUGAUAUCACUGAUGUGGAUGGAUAUACAAUAGAAAAAUGUUGUUUUAAUAAAGAUGUGCUAGAAAAAUAUCACAUUGGUAUCAACACACAUGACAAUGAGCCACUUGAUAAAAAUCAAUGUAACAUUUGUAGGGAAAAGUUUUCAGAUCCUGAACUCUUGGAAAAGCAUUAUCGUGUACAUGGAAUGGCAUUCUUGAUAAAAAACAACCAAAAAUCUAAAAAUCCUUAAUAUCUUAUAAGAAACAAAAUAGUGUCAUUAUUCUUAUUUAUAAAUGUUUCUAAUAGCAGUAAUGAAAUUUUGAAAUCUUGGAAAAGCAUUUUCAUGUACAUGGACUGACAUUCUUGAUAAAAAACAACCAAAAAUCUAAAAAUCCUUAAUAUCUUAUAAGACACUCAGUAGUCUCAUUAUUCUUAGUUGUAAAUGUUGCUAAUAGAAGUGAUUAAAUAAAAGUAUAAAA